GGAGCCCAGCCCGGGGGAGCGGAUGGAGGAAAGCAAAUGAACGCAGCGCAGAGGUUGGGGACUCAGCAUGUGGGAGGGUGAGCCCAGCGCGUCUCCACUGUGGGUGUUGCUGAGCGUGGGGACAGGUAGGUCACCGCUGUGGCAAGCUUUAGGUGGACAUGCAUGACCACUCCGCGCACAGUCCAUGGCGCCUUGGCUCACGCCCCACACGAACCUGGGCGAGACUCAGGCAGAACUCCAGCCGAAAGUCUGACCUGCCCUGGCCGGUUUGGCUCAGUGGAUAGCAGCCGAAGGGUCCCCGAUGCGAUUCCUGUCCUCGGUUGUAGGCUCCAUCCUCCAGGUCCAAUUGAUGUGUCUCUCUCACAUCGCAUCUCUCUCGCUCUCUCUUUCCCCCUUCCACUCUCAAAGUCAAUGGGAAAACACCGUCAGAGCGGAGGAACGGAAGGAAAGAACGCGGGCCUUCUGCUAGACCGGCAGCCCCGCCCGCUCAGCGCUUCUCUUUGGAGCAAACACACCCCUCUGCAGCCUCCUCCGAGGUCCUCCCUGCGCCGCCCUGUUAGCGCCAAGCCCUGGGCGCCGUCAGACUCCGGGGCUGCGGGAGGGGACAGACCCUUUCGGUCCUGGAGUUCACAGCGCGGUGGGAGGCCAGGGGCGUCUAACCGACUUCUGGGAAGCAGUGCCCACUUGAGGGAGAGACCUAUGGAAAACACUGGAAAAUGUGUAAAUUAAGGACCACUGCCCACUUCAGCUUCUGCCGGACCCUCCUGGAGCACACAGUGUCAGCGGAGAGCAUCCCCUGCCACCUGCCUCGGAUGCCAGGCUCCAGCCUCACCUGGCAUGACUCACGAAGCCAGAGGGCAGCGGGUGGCCGGCCAGUCAAGCUCCUGCAGCAGCCUGGCACAGAGGCCCCCCAGGGCCGGCUGUACUCUGACCGCUGUGGCCUGUACCACACCAGCCCCUCACUGGGUGGCCUGACGAGGCCUGUGGUCCUGUGGAGUCAGCAGGAUGUGUGCAAGUGGCUGAAGAAGCACUGCCCCCACAACUACCUCAUCUACGUGGAGGCCUUCUCCCAGCACGCCAUCACCGGCCGGGCCCUGCUUCGGCUGAAUGCGGAGAAGCUGCAGCGGAUGGGACUGGCCCAGGAAGCCCAGCGGCAGGAGGUGCUGCAGCAGGUGCUGCGCCUACAGGUGCGCGAGGAGGGGCGGAGCCUGCAGCUGCUCAGCCAAGCAAUGGCUGAUCCUUUCUGUGUUGGUGGCGGCCGCCGGCUCCUGGGGUCCAGCAGGAGCGGGCCUGGGAAGGAUGGCAGCCAGAGCGAGGCCCGGCUUCCUGUGCGGCACGAUCCAAAGCUGGGGUUGUCGGUGUCCCGGGGCGGGCACACAGUGCCUAGCCAGCCCCCACUCUGCUUUGACCCGGGAAGUCCAGCCAGCGACAGGACAGAAGGGAAGAAAAAGGGGCGUCCGAAAGCUGAGAACCAGGCCCUCCGAGACAUUCCCCUCUCCCUGAUGAACCAGUGGAAAGAUGAAUUCAAGGUGCACUCACGGGUGAAGUGUCCCAACUCAGGGUGCUGGCUGGAGUUUCCCAGCAUCUACGGGCUCAAGUACCAUUACCAGCGGUGCCAAGGGGGCGCCAUCUCAGAAAGGCGGACCUUUCCCUGCCCCCUCUGUGAGGCCGCCUUCACCUCCAAGACUCAGCUGGAGAAGCACCGGAUUUGGAACCACAUGGACCGUCCCCUGUCUGCCCCCAAGCCUGGGCCAGUCAGCCGGCCAGUCACCAUCAGUCGGCCCGUUGGGGUCAGCAAGCCCAUUGGAGUGAGCAAGCCUGUCACUAUUGGCAAGCCCGUGGGUGUCAGCAAACCCAUCGGGAUCAGCAAGCCAGUGACGGUCAGCAGGCCUGUGCCGGUCACCAAACCAGUGACGGUCAGCAGGCCUGUGCCGGUCACCAAACCAGUGACGGUCAGCAGGCCCGUGACGGUCACCAAACCAGUGACGGUCAGCAGGCCUGUGCCGGUCACCAAACCAGUGACAAUCAGUAGGCCCGUGCCGAUCACCAAGGCUGUGCCGGUCACUAGACCUGUGCCGGUCACCAAGUCUGUGCCCGUCACCAAGGCAGUACCAGUCAGCAAGCCAGUGCCAGUCACCAAACCUGUGCCAGUCACCAAACCAGUGACCAUAAACAAGCCGGUGCCGAUGACAAAACUUGUAACGGUUACAAAACCUGUGCCGGUCUCAAAGCCCGUGCCAGUCAGCAGGCCCAUUGUGGUCAGUAAGCUGCUGACAGUCAGCAGGCCGGUGGCCAUCGGCAGACACACACCGUCCUGCAAAAUGGUGCUGCUGACCAAGUCUGAGAACAAAACUCCUCGGGCCACGGCGAGGGCCAGUGGGAAGAAAAGGGCUGCGGAAGGCCUGGACGCCUGCCCCCUCCCACCCAAGCAGGCCCGGCCAGAGAGCGGGGAGUGUGGCCCAUCCAGCGCAGGCCAGGGCUCAGCCCUCCAGCCCCGCACAGAGCCCAGCAGUGGCCCCCUUUCUCUGGGCAGCAGGCCCUUGGGGGGCAAGGAGGCGCCAAGGGCCACAGGGCCUGUGUCCCGGCCUGAGGAGGGAGCUGAGCGCAUGAAGCACAGAAGGAAGCAGAAGACACCCAAGAAGUUUACGGGGGAGCAGCCAUCCAUCUCGGGAACCUUCGGACUCAAAGGCCUGGCCAAGGCAGAAGACAAAUCCCGAGGCUCCCGAGCCAAGAAGCAGGAGGGGCCUGGCCCUGAGGACGUCCGGAAGAAGGUGCCGGCCCCUGCCAACGCCGUCAGCAAGGAGGUGCAGGCCCCCGUAGCCCACUCAACCCAAGGUGGCGCUGAGGAGCAGUGGCAGCGGGCCAUUCACGAACGGGGCGAGGCUGUCUGCCCCACCUGCAGCGUGGUCACCCGGAAGACCCUCGUGGGGCUCAGGAAGCACAUGGAGGUGUGUCAGAAGCUGCAGGAUGCCCUCAAGUGCCAGCACUGCCGGAAGCAGUUCAAGUCCAAGGCCGGACUCAACUACCACACCAUGGCUGAGCAUAGCGCCAAGCCCUCUGACACAGAGGCCUCCGAGGGGAGUGAGCAGGAGGAGCGCGAGCGACUGCGCAAGGUGCUGAAGCAGAUGGGGAGGCUGCGCUGCCCCCAGGAGGGCUGUGGGGCCGCCUUUUCCAGCCUCAUGGGCUACCAGUACCACCAGCAACGCUGUGGGAAGCCGCCCUGCGAGGUAGACAGUCCCUCCUUCCCCUGUGCCCACUGCGGCAAGACCUACCGCUCCAAGGCCGGCCAUGACUACCACGUGCGCUCGGAGCACGCCGCCCCGGUGAGUGGCCGUCCUGUCCUUCAGGCACCGAGCGUGUGUGCCCCCACUUGCUCAUGCCCGGCUCCCGGCACCUGCAGGCCACGUGGCUCCUGUCAUUCACCUGGGCCUCCUCCCCUGCAGCCCCCCGAGGAGCCCCAGGACAAGCCCCCCGAGGCCGAGGACCUGUUUGGUGCCGAGCGGACCCCCAGCGGCCGCAUCCGCCGCACGUCGGCCCAGGUGGCGGUGUUCCACCUGCAGGAGAUCGCAGAGGACGAACUGGCCCGAGACUGGACCAAGAGGCGGAUGAAGGAUGACCUGGUGCCUGAGACGGCGCGGCUCAACUACACUCGGCCAGGCCUCCCCACACUCAACCCCCAGCUGCUAGAGAUGUGGAAGAACGAAGUCAAGGAGAAAGGCCACGUCAACUGUCCCAAUGACUGCUGUGAAGCCAUCUACUCCAGCGUGUCCGGCCUCAAGGCCCACCUCGCCAGCUGCAGCAAGGGAGACCACCUGGUGGGGAAGUACCGCUGUCUGCUGUGUCCGAAGGAGUUCAGCUCUGAGAGUGGCGUCAAGUACCACAUCCUCAAGGCCCACGCAGAGAACUGGUUCCGCACUUCGGCAGACUCGCCGCCCAAAUACAGGAGCCAGGAAUCGCUGGCCCCCAGGAAGGAGAAGAGUCUGGCAGGCGGGAAGAAGCGGGGCCGCAGGCCCAAGGAGCAGCUUCCUGAAGAGCCUGCACCCAAGAUGCCCCCCCACCAGGAGGACUGGCCCCCAGGAGGCAGAGACAAGGGGGCCCGGGGCUCCACUGGCCGGAAGGUGGGAGCCAGCAAGUCCCCCGAGAAGUGAGCAUGGUGGUUGGCGGGGCCCGGCUCCAUGCUGGCCGAGCCCUCCUCUGUCCGGGGUGGGGUAGCUAGCUCUAGGCUGCCCUGCCCGCCAGUUCCCCAGCCCCACCCCUGCCUCCUCCUCUGUCCAGUGGGGCAGCAGCUGCUGCAGGCCCCCAGGCUGGGGCUCCCUGAGAAGGGCCAGGGCAGUCACAGAAGUGCAAUCGCCUGGAGGGCUCGGGCUGGCAGAGCCCGGAGGGGCAGAGGAGAGUCUGCAGCCUGGGCCUCAGUGCCGUGAGGGUGGUGCAGAGCGGCCAGAUGCCUUUUGGCCCCGGGCACGUGAGCUGCGUGCCCCACCUGCUUCCUCAGGCCCAAGGCUCGGGGUCCCUGGUUCUGGGCUGAUGAGGGUACCUCAGCAGCCUCGCCUCUCCACCCAACACUGGAACCCCAGCACCCCCAGCUACCUCCCUGGACAGACCCUGAGUCUGACCGCUGCCGUGCUGACCCGAUGGUCCGUCCCCUUCACCCUGCCCGUCUCUGGUUCCUCAGCUUCUGUUCUCUACCUCUCCAGCCACCUCCCUGCCCGUGUGACCCUGCUGUGCUUGGGCCGCGACCACUGGCUUGUGCCCAUGGCUCUCUGCCAUCCCCAGCUUGGGGCAAGGGGGCCUCUGGUUUUCCGCUUGCAGGGCUGCAGGAGCUGGGCCACAAGGAGCCCGCUCCAGCUUUGCCGUCACUGCGGGCCUGGCUGGGAUAGCCUGCUGGGUUAGGGAUAGGCCAGUCUGGGCCCUGGGGCCCUGGGCAUGUGGGGCAGGGAACAGCCCAGCUCUGUGGAGUGACCGCUGCAGGAAGCAGCCUUCUGUCUGCUGGUCAGGUUUGGCCUGUGGCCAGGUUCCUGUGGGAACACCCUACCCUCUUUUUACCUGCCCCUUUGUUUCUGGGUGUAUGGUCUUUUGAUGUGAGAGCUGAAGGCCAGGGGGGGAUUUGGCAGGUCACAGUGGGUUGAUGGGAGCUCUGGGCUGUCUUGGCUCCCUUUGGGGCCUUGAGGACAGCGAGGCCUGCUAAUUGGGUUCAGGCUGGAGUCCAGGGCACCUGGCGGAGUGGGUGGACACCUCUGGCCUCCUCCUGGGCCCCGCCUUCCGGCUGUGGCAUUGCCUUGGGAAGAGGACACAGCGUCCCUGGUUUGGAUGGAGGCUAUUUUCCACGGGGGUGGGUGGGUUGAGGGCUCGGCUUGCCGAUCCUGGACGAUGUGAAUUUUGAUAUUUUCCUGUGUGCUUGUUUCUCCUGGGUGUGUAGUGGAUGCCAGUCUUGUGGCUGUGACAAGUAACAACCUUUUUUUAUUCUGUUUUUUAUACAAAAACUUACAACAAUCUGACAUUUUGGUGCUAAGGAUCUCCUGGUGCCAACGGUGGAUCUGGAGGCUGGGCUAGGGCCCCUCAGGGAGGCAGCACUGACCAGGCACCCUCCUGCCCCAAGCUGCCAUCCUCACCCGCCCUGGAGAGGAGGGGCUUCACGCUGGGCUGGGCUCUCGCACCCUGCAUGGGGGACACUUCCCAGGUUGAGGGGCCAGGCCAUGCUGCCUGUCUCUGGCUUCUUUGUCCAGAGGCUCUGCUCCUGGGCAGCCUGGCUGAUGGUGGAGGGAGGGGAUAAAGAUGUGGAUCCUUCCUGUCACACACAAGGCACAUGGGGUGACCCAGUGUCAGGCAGGGUGGGCACAGUGCCCUGGGUGUCACUGUGGUGUAGAGCCGGUGCAGGUGGGCCAGGCAGCCUCCGCAGGGGCAGCCUCAGGAGGGGAGAGGGCAGCAGGCACCGACAGGAGCCCCAGGUCCCAUGUCUCUGCCCUUGUCACCAAUGGCUGGAGGAGGUUGGACCUCAGCACCUCUACUGGGGACAGCCUGCCCCAGCCUCUCAGGUACUUGGCCCUUGGGGUGUAGGGGGCUGGUUUUUGCUGGGGGGUGUUUCCAGGUCACCCUCCAAAGUCCACAGAUGGCCCCUGGAGUGGGACCCCCGCCUAGAUGUGUGGGAAGAGGUGGGGGCUUGGAUAACUUGAAGUUUAGCACUUUAACCCCCUAAAGAGGGUGUGGGGCUGCUGCCCAAAGUGGCUGGUGGGUUGGACCCCCUCCCGACUCCCCUGGCUCUGGUUGGUGAUGCAGUGGCAAGCUGGGUGCAGAGCCCCCCUCGCAGGGGCAGAGCCCUGGGUGGGUCAGCAGGACCUGCCCGCCUCCGCUCUGGCAGGAACACAGCCAGUCACCUGGCCUUGGCUGACACCUUCCGUGAGAGGGUCCGAGUGGCAGACUCCAGGGCGUAGUAGGCAUGGACUGUGCCCGAGACGCAGCCCAGGGCACAACGCCUGUCCCUUUCUGAAGAUCUACCUCUGGCCCUGCCCACCCCCUUGCCGCGAGAACAGGAAAGGGCUGGCACUUCACACAAAAAUAGGAUGCACUUUAUUUGCUUGUGCAAAGGCAGAUGGAUGAGGGUGUCUCCUGAUUGACUGGUGGCCCUCAGCUGUAGCCUGCUGCCCCCUACCCCACCCCCGUUCCUCUAGUUCAGAAGGGAAAGGACGGGCGGUGCACCCUGACCUGCGGGAGGCAGGGCUGUCGCCGCGUCCUCGCUCUGCCGGCCUCAGGAGGCUAGUCCUGGAACCGAGGUUCAAAGGGGCCGGCCAGUUCCUCCCGGGCAGCCACACAUCCUGUACUUUGGCUUUCUUGGUUUGUUUUUUAAUGCCAGUUCUCCGUACAUAAGUGCAUUUUGAAAGAGGUCCCAGCUAUCCCUUGUAACCAUAUAUAAACAUAUAUAUUCUAUCUACAAAGUGUUUAUUUGCAAGAUGUUUUGACGACGAGCUCGGGCCCUGCUCACCUCGUGACUGUCCCGGUCCUCGUCCCCGCCCCCAGGCCGAGUGGCACGGGCGGGCCAUCAACUGUAUGUAUUAAAAAUGACUGUAUCGAAUAAAUGUUUAUUGAUUGUUUUCCA